UGGCAGUAUACGUGUCGUCGCUUUCUCAUUCGUUUUGUUAUUUUUGGGCUGAAAGGUACGCUGUUUUCUCGGGCAACUGCAAAGCCACAGCUUGUUCCGUUUCAUUUCGAAGUUAUCAAUUGCACGCAAGCUGCAGCCCAAUCAAUAGGCAAUUAACAAACAAUUCAUUUGCGAAUUUCAGUGAGAUUGUGCUUCAACAACAACACAAGAAAAUGGCUCCACCACAGAGAAUGCGCGUCGCUAACGAGAAGGCCAGCAAAUAUGUGACAAUGCGUGGCAAUGUACCCAAAUCCUCGAAAACGAAAGAGGGUCAAUAUCCGGUGGGUCCCUGGCUCCUGGCGCUGUUCAUCUUUGUGGUCUGCGGCUCUGCCAUUUUCCAGAUUGUUCAGUCGAUACGCGCCGCGUAAGGAAAGGCUUCACCUCGCAUAAGAUACACAGAGAGCAGGUGCAUCUGGAGGAAGAUAAUAGACCUUUCCGGAACCUUCACUUGCUACUACUAACACCUUCCCUAGCUUAAUAGUCCCCGGCAACAUGUGCAACCAGAGGAUGACCCCAAACAACUUGGCUUUAUUAUCGUUUCUGCAAUAUCAACUCCUAUAAAACACAUACAAAAUUUAAGUCCAUUUAAAGCAUUUUGCAUUAAUUGAUUUAACUGUAAGCUCUGCAAUGUGCAUUCCUGCAAUUCUCUCCUAAGCAACUGAAUAAUGAUCCCCGAUCAUUUAUAGGCGAUAAAUGCAUUUUUAAGAUGCUUCUCGGCGCAGUUUUAAAUAGUGCAAAGUGUUAAAGCGUUGUUUUCUAAUGCAAAGACGAGUAGAGAAGAAACUAUGAGUACAUAACAAUGAUGAAUAUAUGAUAAUUUUUUACC